ACACUCUCCCACACCUUCAAAUUCAUCAAAUCACCACUAAAUCUCAAAUCAGCGUUGUUGAAGAAUGUCAGGCCGUGGUAAGGGAGGAAAGGGGCUGGGCAAGGGCGGAGCAAAGCGUCACCGAAAGGUUCUCCGAGAUAACAUUCAGGGGAUCACGAAGCCGGCGAUCAGGAGGCUGGCGAGAAGAGGAGGAGUGAAGAGGAUCAGUGGGUUGAUCUAUGAGGAGACUCGUGGUGUGUUGAAGAUCUUCUUGGAGAAUGUGAUUCGUGAUGCGGUUACAUACACUGAGCAUGCUCGCAGGAAGACGGUCACUGCCAUGGAUGUUGUGUAUGCACUUAAGAGGCAGGGGAGGACACUCUAUGGAUUUGGAGGUUGAAAUUGUUAGCUUUUAUGUUUUGUUGUUUUGGUUAGGGUUAUGUGUAAAUUGAAAGUUUCGUUAACGAAGGGUUCGCUUGUUAUGAUCAAUGUUCUUUUGUUUGACUGUUGAUUGUUUUGAUAAUUGUGUUGAAGGCACUGCAGCUCAAUUUGAAAUCAAUUCAAUAAUCAGCGUUCAGCUA